AUGAAGAUACAAAGUUUAUUUUAUCUUUUAACAAUUCUUUCCACAACUUUAGCAAUAAAAGUUACUCAUAAAAAAGAAGUUGCUUAUGCUGCUUGCAAGUCUUUGCUCACUCAAUUUGCUGGUUCCACAUCACUGGGCUCGCCUGAUCCAUUCUGUGACGUGACAAACCAACCAGCUAUGGGAUCGAUGGCCAUUUGUUUAGUCGAAAACUUUAAAGAAUCUUCCAAAGACUAUUACCGUCCAUAUUUAAAAACGUGUUCAAUUUCCGAACAUAAAUUUUUUGCAUCAUAUAAGAAUGCCACGAAUCACAUACUAGAAAUAUCACUGAGUCAAGAUUCUAACACCACUCACCCAACCAGGCUCUCAUAUGAUAAUGUGCAGUUGCUGUUUAAUCAGUUGUAUCGUCAAGCUUUGAAUGAUAAUUAUAGUAUUUGGUUUGGAACGGUUUUAUUGGCAUAUUGGGGACUUGUCAUGCUAGUAGCCAGUUUGAAUUACUGGUCUCAUUUUUUGUUCCCUCGGUUUGUAAAAUCUUUACAUGGUUCAAUUUCCAACUUUGUUAGAGUGCAUUUUAUACUUUCACCAACAGUUGGAAAUACACAUGCUUCAUCGGUGAAAUAUUUAAAAGUUGUCCAAGCGUAUGUGCCAUUGAGGUUUGAGUCAAUAAUAGUGUUGGCUUGGACAGUUUUAUGCUUUGUAUUCUGUGGUAUAAAUCAUUAUCCAACGAGGCCGAAUUUGACUUCGCUAGUCGGAAAUCGAGCUGCUCUACUUGCUGGAUUCUGUGUACCUUUACUAAUCUUAUUCGCUGGAAGAAAUAAUUUUUUGCAAUGGUUAACUGGUUGGUCACAUGCCAGAUUUCUUUUGUUUCACCGCUGGCAGGCCCGGGUAGUAUUUAUCAUGAUAUUAAUCCACGUCAGUGCAAAAACUUCUGUUUUGAUAAAGUUUGAUAGCUACCCUUCUAUUUUCUUGCAAAGUUACGUGGCAUGGGCUAUGGUUGCUGCUAUUUCGUUGGGACUCUUGAUUGGGCAUUCUUGGCAAUACUUUAGAAACUCGAGUUAUGAAAUAUUCUUGAUUGUUCAUCACAUUUUGGCUGCGUUAUUUAUAGCAGGUGCGUGGAUUCACACUAGAGGAGCCGACACCCCUUAUGCUUACUAUGCUGCCACAACAAUAUGGCUGUUUGACAAGUUGGCUAGGUUAAUUAGAGUAUCCCUGUUUGGUGUUAAAAAGGCAAAGGUUGAAUUGAUCUCUGACGAAGUUUUGAAGGUAAUUGUACCCCGACCAAGAUGGUGGAAACCAUUCCCUGGAUCUUAUGCCUAUAUUUACUUUCUUAAACCAGCAACUUUCUGGCAAUCACACCCAUUCACUAUCAUUGAUUCUGUUGACGAUGCUAAUACUUUAACCUUUUGUAUAAAAAUCAAAGGAGGUAUAACUCAUGGAAUUUGUCAACAGUUGGUUAGGAAAACUAAUCAAAUGGAUUAUUUCCAUGUUCUUAUUGAAGGCCCUUACUCCCGACCUCAUUCUGGAAGACAUUUUGAAAACCUUGUCAUGUUGAGCACUGGUACAGGUAUUCCAGGACCUUACUAUACUGCCCUUGAUUUGAUUAGAAAAAACGACAACUCAACCAAACGUAUUAAAUUCUAUUGGAUUAUUCGUGAUGUGAAGUCAAUUAAUUGGUUUUUGGAGGAGCUCUGUAAGUUAGAAGGGACAAUUGUUGAGACGGUUAUUUAUAUUUGCAACACAAAUACAAAUUUCCCUUUUUUAAAAUCUCAGGAAAUGUCAAAGCAAUUUGAUAGUGAUGCAGAGAAGGUUUCUUAUUCAAGCGACUAUUUGAAACAUCGGUUGCAGUUUGUGGAUUUCAGGUAUGGUCGACCAAGUAUUCGUGAGAUUGUUCAUCAGGAAGUUAAAGAAGCACGCAAUUCGAUUGGGUUUAUUACCUGUGGUGCACCCCAAAUGGUAGAUCAUGCCCGAAUGACAAUUGUUGACUCAUUGAAACAUGACACCAGUAAAAGAGUCGAACUCUUUGAAGAUUUUCAGGAAUGGUAA